AUAUAAAACUUACAACCUUCAACCAGUGCUGGGGGCUGGGUGCUCUCCGCUUGUCCAGCACAAGAUUGCGACUACCGAUCGUGUUCACGUGGAAACAUGCACUCGUUCCGUGCUGCGGCGGUUUGCCUUUCGAUUGUCCAAGCAUCCGGGUUUGCAUCUACUGCUCACUACCAUCGGCCACAUCCGCAGCGACCAGGAAGUCAUGCGCUGGGAGCGACCGGCGUCCUCGUGGAACCCCCACGAGCGGAUCCCUUGGUGGCCUUAGAGUUUUAUAGUGGGAUAGGUGGACUGCGCGUUUCCCUGGAGAAGGCAUUAGAGGCGGUCAGCCUUGAAACAAGCGUGGGCAGCUUCGAGAUCUCGUCUGUUGCCAAUUCGGUGUACGAGCACAACUUUCCUGGGUGCAGCGUGACGAGACGAUCGAUCGAGCAUCUUUCGGCUCAAGAUAUUGAGGUUGAUGCGGACAUCUGGCUUCUAAGCCCGCCGUGCCAGCCUUUCUGCAGGGUUGGAAAUAAGAUGGACGAACAGGACAACCGCUCGGUCAGCUUCCUGCAUCUCCUGUCUCUGCUCAAAACCAUCAGAACACCGCCGUCGUUCCUGUUCCUAGAGAACGUGCAAGGGUUCGAAGGUUCACACGCCCAUCUUCGCCUACUCGAGACUUUAAUCGCUCGGGGAUUCGACGUAGAGCAGUACUUACUUUCGCCUAAUCAGCUGGGCAUUCCAAAUAGCCGUCUGCGGUACUACUGCCUUGCGCGGAGGAGAAAUGCCGACGGUAUGGGGGAGGCCACCGACGUCAAAAAGUCGUUUCCCCAGGACGUGGCAGCCGUUCCCUUGCGUCCGCUCUCCAAAUACUUGGAUCCAUCCUUAUACGGGGAGGCGGCGGUUCCACUCCUCUUAUCGCCGAAAGCCUGUUCACACGCAAACCCGUCCCUUCGUUUCGACGUGGUCACCCUACAAUCAACCGAGACGACGACUUUCACCAAAGGCUACCGCAAACACGCCGGACGCGCGGGGCCGGUCGUGCUGUUGACGGAUGACGGUGAACGGCGGGUUAGCGGGGAGAAGCUAGGUCGCUUCCCAUCCGGUUUGGACCUGGGGCCCGAGGGGAAAGAGGUUCGGUGGUUUUCGGAUGGGGAGAUGCUCCGGUUGCACGGGUUCCCGGAAGCUUUUGAUUUCCCGACGGCCCUCACCCCACGUCAGCGUUGUGCGUUGGUAGGCAACAGCGUCAACGUAGAGGUGGUGGCACUGUUGCUCGAGUUUAUGUUAUUCGAAGGAAACGCGCCAGGAGACUGGGGCGAACGAUUCAGGGCCGAGCAGCGGCAGGUGUCCACGGUGUAA